UGGACGGCACUCACCGGCAUUGCUGCUGCUUUUUUACGAGGAGAACACAGCGACACUCCAAGCUCAUAUUCUAACAUUGCGCACGAGUGUGUAUGUGUCUGUCUGCCUGUGUGUGUGUGUGUGCUUGAACCAGAAGUAAAGAUGGAUAUUUUGGAAACACAUGCCUACGAUAGCAGAAAGCGCAGAAACGCGUCUUGCGUUCUGUUUCUUUCUCUCUUCCCCUUCUUCCUCUCCGCUGCCACAUACUUCUACCUGUGGCUGCCCGACCCCUCGCCAUCGGUGGUGUCAGCCGCGGCGAAGUCAGCGCCGGUGAUAUGUCUGGCCCUGGUGGUGCUGACCAAUAACGGCAUGGGGAGCCUGCUGGGCGUGGCAGGAGGGCUGCUCUUCUCAGCGGGUGGAGACAUCUGCCUUAUCUGGCCUGAGCUCUUUCUCCACGGUAUGGGCUCUUUUGCGGCAGCCCACCUGCUGUACUCCCUCUGCUUCCUCACGGAGCGUUACACCUACUUCUCCUCCUCCUCCACUUUCUUCUACGUCCUCUACCUUCUGCUGUGGCUGUUGGGGGGAGGUGUGUACAUCCACCUGCUGCCAUACCUGCAGAAGGUGCCGGACGCUGCCGUCCUCACCCCGGGUGUGGGGGUGUACGUGUUACUGAUUGUCAUCAUGGCGACGCUCGCCCUUCGGACGCGCCGACCCUUGACUCUGCUGGGCAGCCUGGUCUUCAUGGUGUCAGACAUGUGCCUGGCAUUGCAGCACUUCGGGGUCAUACCGCCUCACGAGUACGGUCAACACGUUGUGAUGGCGACCUACUACUUGGCACAGCUGCUGAUUGCCGUGAGUGACGUGAGGGCAAAGGCGGACGAGAACGAUGAAUUCAAGAAAUGGAAGAGGUCUUGAGUGCUGACCCUGCCAUGUGUAUACUGAGAAUGUGUUUGUGUGUGUGUGUGUCUGUCCAAGUGCUUGAAAAGAAAAAAGUCAUGGUGACAAAAUGAAUGUUUUAUCUGAAUGGGCUUACAUAUUCAUGUUGUAAUGUACUGUAGUAAAUGUUGACAAGUAUCAGGGCCUAGCCUAAAUCAGAUGGCUAAGAAGCAAACUCCAACAAUCAAUUCAGUUCUUUCAUUUUAAUUGUAUAACGAAAAAAAGGAUCUGAAAACGACAUUUAAAGCUGUGAAAUGACACGUGGACAACUGUUUAUGCCUUUUCAAAAAUAAAACUGUACAUCUUUUCAUACAGGUACAAAUCCA